GGAGAUUCGAUUUUUCGUUUUACUAUUUCGUCGCUGUUUUACUCGUGUAUCAUCAGCUUUGUUGGUGACCUGUGACCGUAUUUUGGUGCUCUGUAUUCGAGUAAGCUGUGAAGACCAAGACCCAAACAUCUGAUCACUUCAGGGAAGAUGGCGCGUUCGCGCUCAUCGUCGGCAAGGAGGAGGCGCAGGCACUCUGCAUCAUCGUCAUCAACAUCGCAUGGGAAGAAGCGUGCAAAACGAGGGAGAUCAAGGUCACCUCGGGAGAGAAGGCACAGGACUAGAUCUCCAUCGCCAAGACGAAGAAAGACGGAGUCAGAAUCACCAAGGACAUUCGUACGAACACCAUGGGAGCAGAGGCGAAAUGAUUUUCCCCCUCCAGGAAACAAAGCUUGGUUUACAGCGGACCUGAGUGAGGAAAUCUUCGCGUUGAGACGUGAAGUGGAGAAAUUGAAGAAGACCAUCAAGCAACUGACCUCAAAGGGAGCAAACAACAAGAGACUGUCGCCGGGUGGAGGUACUGGAGCCAUCGAGCACACCGCAGAGAAGGAGGCUGGACCAAGCGAGCCGGUGAAAACUGCAUCGCCAGUCACGGCAGCCGAACUCAAGACGUGGAUAGAUAAAGCCUUGGAAUCGGCUCUUCCAAAGAAGACAGGAACAAAGGCGGGCAAGGUAGCGAUCACAGAAGGCAGGAUCGACACUGGGAAGCAAGCCGCCACAGAAGAAGGGAAUGUGGAGAAGAUGGUGUCUCAGGUUUGCAGAGACGUGAACGAGAUCAAGCUCAUGAAGUAUGAUCUCGCGGUAGUGAAGGGCGCCCUGAAGAAGAUUAACGAGCCUACCAGGAUACUGACCCCGCACGUGUCAUCAUCAGUGAACCCGAGACUGUACAAAGGAUCGAUGAUGAUUGGCGGGCCGUCCUGAGUGCAUGUCAGUCGAAGCGAGCUGAGUCAGCUGUUUCCCCCACAUCCGAAGAGAGGCCGCACGAAGAUCAAACGACAGACAAGAGCGAGUAAAACCAAGCAAAGCAU